AUGAGUGACAAAACUACACAAUCAUCUAAAAAAAAUUCUGAUUCUGAUUCAUCGGAUGGAAAGAAAUUAAAUUGUGGUGGUAAAGCUUGUUCAACGUGUGGAGCAUGUCGUGAUUGGUAUUUUGAUCGUGAUAAUUGUGGAACAUCAAAACAUAAAAAUAGUAAAUGUAUUCAUGAACAUAUUUUUGAUCAUACUAUUAUUCAUGAUCCAAAAGAUGAGAAAUCUCCUUUUCCUAUUGGACGUCUUAUAUGUGAAUGUAAAGACAAUCAUUAA